AAUUAAGAAGUUAAAGAAAAAUAGAGUAGAUACUACUAUUGAAAAUGCUAAAUUUAAAGCUAGAGUUGUGAAAUUAGAACAGAAAUUUGAACUUCAGCUAGAAGACAGUGAUAAUUCUUAUAGGAAUAUUGUUAAUAUAUUCAACCCUUAUUAG